AUGAGCAGAGACAGCUCCUUGGAUAACAACCCCAUGGAGGACUCCCAGAAUUCAGAGGAGACACGCGAGCAAUUGCAGGAGGUUCGCAAAAGCUUCACUGAGGAAGAGUGGACCAAAAUGGAAAAUGCAGAUAAAUUAAUGUAUGUGUACAUGAAGAAAAGAUACGAGUUCAUGACUGCUCCAGGUCUCAUGGCCGUCAGCCCACAUAGCUUACUUCCAAAUAAAGGAAUCCUAAAAUCUCCUGACCAAGGUUUAGAUGAAAAUCAGAACCCUGGUCAUCAUGUGCUCUAUCACCUCCUUACGAAGGAAAUUCCUCAGGCGGCUUCCAACAAGCAACAGAGAAAACACCUAAAGGUGGAACCUGUGGAAGAAGCACCACCAGUAACACCUGACUCAGAGCCAGCUCCGAAACAGCUCUGCUCCCCAGCAGAAAAGAAGGCCAAACGUCAGCUGAGGAAGAAGUCUGAAUCAAGGAAAGAAGAGACUGCCUGGCUUGGCAGGCUGAGGGAAAGAACGGACCGGGUUGUAUACAGAGAGAUCAGUGACACAGAGGAAGAUGACUAA